AUGAUCGAGGUCAGGGACUUGGUCCACCAGAUUGAUAAAACAAUCAGGACGCGUUUACUCGCGAGACCUGACAAAGACAUAUCGCUAUACAGUCUGGCUAAAGUUCAAACUGAACUAGUGAUUGAUCCAGAGGCGGCAUCUCAUAUUCAACGCACAGGUUACUUCGAUGUCCUCCAUCCAAUAUAUCCCUUUCUCGAUCGGCAGUCGUUUGAAGAAAGAGCUACGAGACCAGACUUACUCCACGUUCUAGGAACAGACUACGCAUACUGCGGACUGUACUACGCUGUAUUGGCUCUCGGCUGUCAAUACAAUGGCUUUAGCUCGUUUAUUCCCAACGAUAGCCAUGCGUGGAAGCUCUUUCAAACCGCUCUUACCCGCCUAGACCGUAUCCUUAUGAGCACCGAAUCUCUAUCAAAUCUCCAGGCAUUAACCGCAAUGGCUAUUUUUGCGACAAACACGUUUAGCCUUCAACUAGAUCAGACCCUACUAGCUGAGGCCGGUCGCAUGGUACUUGCACUUCGCUACCACAAGUCGAUCGUCAGCGAGGAUUCGACAUUAUGCCACCGAACCUUUUGGGUGAUAUACCACCUCGAGAAGCGAUACUCUUUCCAGGCCAGGAGCAGCUCAGUGAUUGCGGACUACGAUAUCGGGUGCCCAAUUCCAAAUACUCCAGAAUCAGUUCUUGGAGAGUACAACUGGCUCAUCUCCUCUGUCCGGUUCGGCCGCAUUCUGGCCGUCGCUUACGCCUCUCUGUUCUCAAUUUCCGCAUCGACCCAGCCUGACGACACAAUCCUAGCAGCAGUCGACCAUGUUCAUACAUUGCUCGAGGAAUGGCGGCUAUCCAUCCCGCUGGAUUUCAGGCCAAAAGAGCCACUCCAACGACGUCGUCUGAUUGAUGGCGCGUCCAAGGAGAUAGCGCUACGAACGUACUACUACUAUUACCAUGUAAUCAUCGCAUUAGAACGACUUACUCUCCACGCCAGUCGCGACAUCGCAAGAAGCGAGAACAGCAUGAGGGCACUACUCAACACCGCGAGGGAAGUCAUCAACCUAACGCGAUACAUUGACGUGGAGCCCUACACACCAGUAUUUAUACUCGCAAUCAUACCUCUCUCCGCUUUAUUUAUCCUAUUCGACUUUGUUGUCCACCAUCCAACCGACCCAGACAUACGCGGGCAUUUAACCCUUCUUGACAUCGUGGCCGGGCACUUUAGCCAGCUAGACCAUGCAUCGAAUGGGGCAAUCAAGUCCAGCUACCUUUCUGGGUUCUCCCACAUGGCUCGACAGUACGUGCAAAGCGUACCUAAACGGCCAGCUGGUGAUGCGGAAUCAAGCGAGCCUAGGGAUGGCCAACCAUCGGCUGAUAUUGCCGUCCCUUCACUUGACGCCUCAAACGACGCUCUAAUGGCUCCAAAUGACCCCACGCUAAUGGAAGGGGUAGAUUACGGGAGUCUGGACAGUCUCUACUUUCUAACGCCGGAUAGUAACUGGACGGCGGGGAUUUCCUCUCUUGCUGAAUUCGACCCGAGGGAGUAUUAUGGCUCUAUCUUCUUAUGA